AUGCCCACUGCUGAGGGACCGCCCCGGCACCGCCCCGAGCCCGCCCCUGUUGCUGUGGUGAAGAUGGCGGAAGAAGGCGCUGCGGGGCGGCGCGGGGAGCGGGAGCGGGCCGAGGAAGGGCUGGCGGAGCGCGGCCCCGGCGCGGCGUUUCACAUGUUCGUGCUCAUGGAGGACCUGCUGGACAAGCUAAAGCUGCUGAGCUACGAGGAGGAGGCGCUGCGGCGCCACAACAUGCGGCCUCUCUCCAGGCACUACUUUGCACUGCCCACCAACCCCGGUGAGCAGUUCUUCAUGUUCUGCACGCUCGCCGCUUGGCUGAUCAGCAAGGCGGGGCAUCCCUUCGAGCAGCCGCAGGAGUGCGACGACCCCAACGCCGUGAUUUCCAACGUGCUCUCGGAGCUGCGGUCCUUUGGAAGACCUGUGGAUUUUCCUCCAUCAAAAUUAAAGACAGGCUGCGGAGAGCAAGUGUGCUAUGUUCUAGAUUGUUUAGCUGAAGAAGCCUUGAAACACACUGGGUUUAGCUGGAAAAGGCCAGCAUACCCAACAGAAGAGCCAGAAGAAGAAGAAAUAACAGAAGAUGAUGCAGAAUUAACACUUAGUAGAUUGGAAGAGGAUGUUGCAGAAGAAGAGUCAGACAAUGAAGAAAAUUAUAUUGACCUGAAUGUUUUAAAGGCACAAACGUACAGAUCAAACAUAAAUGACACUGCAAAGCAAGAAGAGAUUUUGCAGUCCACAACAGAUGCAGCAGAGUGGAAUCUGGAAGUGGAACGUGUGCUUCCACAGCUGAAAGUCACAGUCAGGACUGACAAUAAGGAUUGGAGGAUUCAUGUAGAUCAAAUGCAUCAGCAUAAGGAUGGAAUUGAUUCUUCUUUGAAAGAAACUAGGGGUUACCUUGACAAGCUCCAUAAUGAAAUCAGCAGAACCCUGGAGAAGAUCAAUAGCAGGGAAAAGUACAUCAACAGUCAGUUGGAGCACUUGGUUCAAGAAUACCGUUCAGCACAAGCCUUGCUGAGUGAGGCUAAAGAGAAGUACCAGGAGGGAAGUGGAGGAGUAACUGAAAGGAUUAGAGUGCUUUCUGAGGUUACAGAAGCAUUAGAGAAAGUAAAGCAGGAAACAGAAGAGAAAGGAAGCAGUAUGACUGACGGUGCUCCUCUUGUGAAGAUUAAACAGGCCUUAACAAAAUUGAGGCAAGAAACCAUUCAGAUGGACAUACAGAUUGGUGUGAUGGAACACACAUUGCUCCAGUCAAAGCUGAAAGAGAAAUCCAAUAUGACUAGAGAUAUGCAUGCAACAGUGAUUCCAGAAGCCACAGUAGGUGCCUAUUAAAAUUGGUUGGACUUGGUUUGCCCAAAAUGCAGUUUUUUACCAUUUGCUUUUUUGUGACUUCAGAGGUUUUGUCUUUGUUGGGGUAGGAGGAUGUUAUUUUUUUCUCAUGUUCCUUUUGAACAAGAUGCUUGUUAAAAGAUGCACUUUUAAAGAGGUAACGUGCACACUUUAGACUCAAGAGGGAGCCAUGUUUAGUUCUGUGCUGUUAAGAUUUACUGCAUAUUUCCUCCAAAUAUACUAAUAAAUUCUUGUUACUGAA